GGAAAAUUCAACUACUAGAUGAAAAAUUAAGACGUGCCAAUGACAAAGUCCCAGUAGAUGAUGUUUGGUUCAAAUUAUUCUAUAGCCCUACAAUACAUGAUUUUAAUGAAGCCAUUGAAAUGCAUCGAGAGUUUGCUGAUCCCUCUAUGCUAGAUAACAUGGAAGGUCUCGUUCAAGUUACCUUUCGACUUGACUUUACUACAUCUAAAAAGACAAAGUUUAUCAAACGUAUUAACAACAUUGUUGCCAUGCCGCACUGGUUUGAUGAUGGUAACCCUGACAACAGAGUAAUUGCAUUCAGCAAGGAUCCUGCCUUACAUGAAGUGGCGCUACAGGAAGGUGCCAUACAAGCAGGAGGAAGUGACAUCAUUAGUCAGAUAGAGAAUGGAUUGAUCAAUAAUAGUGAUUUUGACCAUGUGGUGUGCACACCUGACAUUGUCACAGAUCUAGUUCCAAUUAGGAAGAUAUUGCGAGAUACUUUCCCCAUGCAGCCUAAGGGUAGCUUAGGAUUGGACAUGAAAGAGAUGGUUCACAGAUUCACAAAGGGAAAGACAUUUAACUCAUUUCCUGGAGACUC